AUGGAUGGAGAAGAAGAAUUGGAGGAGCUCGUUAGAGAAACGUACGCGGUCGAAGAAAUCGACAUGGAUUACGAGUUUGACGCUGCAAGGUUCUACGAUUUCAGUCGAGUUGAGACGGAUUGCGAGGCCAGAGAAGCCGAACGCUGGCUUGAAUCCUAUGGAAAUUAUCCACCUUCUCCUUUCAUCAUAAAAUUGAAGUGGCGAAAAGGCGUUCCUACUGGAGUUGUGAACACGUCUGCUCUGUCCAAAGACGUUGAAGACGUGAAUGCGAAUGACAGAGAAUUAAAUAAUCACGUUACGCAAGAUAUUAUUUCACAAUCAAAAGCCAAGUCCCCAGUGAAAUCAUCUCUAUUAAGGAGUUCAACUCUAAUGAAGCCCACAGCAAGUCAUUUAGCUAAACUUGACCAACUUCAUCUUGUUCAGUCCAUCCGCUCAUUGAGGCUUAAGAACAAAUUAGGUAACAUUGAUGACAAGAGUUCGCAGAAUUCUUCAGUUACUGAUGACCUGGCUACUAAAAGACAAAAGUUGGAAGCUGGUUAUUUAAGCAAGGACGCGCAACUGAAGCAUCAAGCUCUUUUGUUACACAAGGUGCCUAAACAGGGACUUAAAACUACUACUCCCAGAGAACCUGAUCUCGAAACAGCACAUAGGGCAGAAAGACGUUGGUAUAAGGUUAAUGCAAAGUCAGGUGAAGAAGCAAAACCAAAUGCCCGUGCCUUUAAGGCUUAUCCCUUGAACAGAAAAAUUCUUAAGUCUCCUUCAUUGCCCCUCACUAGGCGAAGCAAACCACACUUGCCAGAGUUUCAAGUAUUUCGACUGAAGACAUCGGAGAGAACUAUGCAAAACAAGUGUAAUAAUGAGCCAAGUAUGCCUUGUCAGAGUUCUUCUUUUCAAAACGAAAACACAGAAUACAAAAGAUCGAACUCCGGCAAAAGCUUCAGCCAAACGGUCUACAACUUCAAAGCGCGCACUCCUUAUAAAAUGAAACUUUCAAGAAAUGGAAAAGUCCCUCUUGCUCAAAAAGUUAAACAGGCAACGACAGUCACAAGUUUGGGGCUCAAUUUUUCAACUGAUAGGAGGAUUCAAGAUGAGCUGCCGAUACGUUUAUUCAGUAAGCUUUGCCCCAAAGGAGAGAACGCCAAGCUCCUUUCAAGAACAGGAGGAGCCUUGGCAUACGAUAAGAACCCGAUAGCAAAUGAAGUCGCCUGUGUUGGGACUUUGGCUUAG